CCACAACAAAAGCCGAAAAAAGUGCCCCCCGUUGUUGAAAAAAUAGGUACCUCAUUUUUAAGAGCAAAAAAUAUACCGUACCCGUAAAGCCUGCAAGUAGACAUUUAAGCUAUGAAUCGUUAUCGAUUUUGAUCAAAGACGUUCGUCAACGCAAUUUACAGCUUGAGUGAAAUAAGCUAGUUAUUUUAAGGCUUGACAAACGCUGUGGUUUGGUGCACAUGUGAAUGUGUUGCAUUUAGAAAAAUGUCCCCCCUUUUGCAAUGCCAAGUGGAACUAUACGAGGUCUGCUAAAUAAUAAAUGGCAGUAUUCGCUUAUCUGCUGUUCAGUGUUGGUGAAGACCUUUACAAGAUAGCAGACAUUUUUACACGAUCUGGUGGUUGCUCAUUGAAGCAAUGCAGAGACUAUUUAGUGUGUCAGAGACGUGAAAAAUUGUUUGAAUAUUAUAUUUCUCAGCAAUACGACAGCCGCACCAUGUCGAUCGAAUCACUAGACAGCUGCGAUUAUGCCUAUCAGGAUUCUCCUAAUUCUACGAGAUCGCUUAGUUUGGACAAAAGUUCUGCCACGGAUUUGGUGUACACCUUGGAAAACAUUACCGAGGUGUCACCGGGAUUGAGUUUCGUCAUCACCGGGAAUAUAUUACUAACAUGUGAACGAUUUGCCAUUAACUUGAUGCUGAAAAACUCUGACUUGGCAUUACAUUUCAACCCGCGACUGCCCCAGAAUUAUAUAGUGCGCAAUUGUCGAGUUAAAGGAAUAUGGGGAAAAGAGGAAGUGGCUUCCCCGUUAUCUUUCAAUCUUCACCGUGGACAGAAGUUCAAUAUCCAGAUUUUGGUAACCGACAAAGAAUUUCUGAUGUGUGUAAAUGGACGUCAUUUUAAUUCCUUUCAACACCGGCUGCCCUACAAAAAGAUCUGCUCAAUGGAAGUUAAAGGAGAUGUCCGAGACGUGGCAGUCGAACAAGUGUUUGUAGAAAACUAUCCGGAUAUAAUCUUGGAGGAAAUCGCCUUGAUUCCAUGCAACCAGCUUCAACUUCCUCCAAUCUCUGAUUCUAAUCUCAAAAUAAUGCCUUACACAGGUCUUCUGAUGGAAAGGUUUUCCAACGGAAAAGCGCUGCACAUUCGCGGUCGCGUUAAACUUUUGCCCCAUUCAUUCUAUGUUAAUCUUCAAAAUAGUCAUCGUGUGUGGCCCCAUCCAAACAUCUUUUUUCAUCUGAAUCCCCGGUUUGGCAAUGUCGGCGGCAAGCAUGUCAUUUGUCGUAAUUCUUGGAUGAAUGGAAAAUGGGACCGGGAAGAACGAUCUGAAAAUGUAACCGAUUUUAUGCCGGGAAAGGUGUUCCAUUUAAAAAUAAUAUGCACCGAUGUUAGCUAUCAAGUGCAUUUAAACGAUAAACUUAUAGCCGAGUUCAUUUUUCGAGAUAACCCGUCGCACGUGGACAGCGUUUACAUACAAGGAGACAUUAAGUUGUAUGAUGUUUUACUUCAAUCGGCCUAUUAAACUUUAGAAACCUUUGAGAUCCCUGUACUAAGUCAAUGCUAAGGCGCUAGAGAGAGAGACUAUAAUAUCCGAACAAUAAUUAUGAACUAAAAAGCAACGCGAAUAUUUACAAAUUAUUUACCCAUCAAUAGGCAUGUUUAUAUAGCUCAAUAAUUGAAAAUUUUGGUGGUGCGAUUAAAUGCUAUUCUGUGAAAUAAAAGAAACAAUGCAAGAAAAAAAAUAAGUGUA